AAAACCUCCAAAAAAAAUUACGGCGUCGUUUUUUCUGAUGGUCACUUCUUCGUAUUUGCUUCUUCUACGCUAACUUUGAUGUUUACUCCAUUUUGCGUAGCUGAUAGAGAUCUUUAGAGAAGGAAAGAUCGCGGCUUGUUGUGUUGGAUCGCCGGAGUUGUUAAGAUGGCGGCGAUGUCGCAGCUUCAUUUCUAUACUACUGCUGGCUUGAAUCGGACGCAGAACUCUCGUUUGAGCCCUCCGAGUCGGCAUCUUUUUUCUGGUCAUGGUUCAGUGUUUUCCGGUGAUUAUACGGUUUCCAUUUCUUCGAAGAAAUGGGAGUCGGAUUCGCUUCUGAAGUUGCCUUCCCUUUGUGCCGGCGGCGGCGGGAGCGGCGUGGGACGAGGUGGCGGCGGCGGCGGAGGAGGAGAUGGGGAUUGGAAUGCAGGUGGUGAUUCCGGAUCUUCCGGGGACAGUUUCGGUCCGAUCGGAGCUUUUCUCAGUGGGUGGAGAUCUAGGGUUGCUGCGGAUCCGCAGUUCCCUUUCAAGGUUCUUAUGGAGGAGUUGGUGGGCGUUUCCGCCUGCGUCCUCGGCGACAUGGCUUCCCGGCCUAACUUCGGCCUCAACGAGCUCGAUUUCGUCUUCUCGACUCUGGUCGUCGGCUCCAUUUUGAACUUCGUGCUCAUGUAUCUCUUGGCGCCAACCGCUUCCUCUGUAAGCCAGGGUUUACCUUCCAUUUUCGCGAGCUGUCCCACAAGCCACAUGUUUGAGCCCGGUCCUUACGGUCUGAUCAGCAGGCUUGGCACUUUCGUGUACAAGGGCACUCUGUUUGCUGCGGUUGGAUUCGCCGCAGGGCUGGUGGGAACCGCCCUCUCGAAUGGACUGAUCAAGAUCAGGAAGAAGAUGGAUCCAAGUUUCGAAACACCAAACAAGGCUCCACCCACCAUCCUGAAUGCAGCUACCUGGGCAAUCCACAUGGGUGUUAGCAGUAAUCUGCGCUACCAAACGCUGAACGGGAUCGAGUUCUUGCUGGACAAGACGGUUUCUCCCUUCGUGUUCAAGAGCUCGGUUAUCGUGUUGCGAUGCCUGAAUAAUGUCCUCGGGGGAGUGUCGUUCGUGGUGUUGGCAAGAAUGACAGGCGCUCAGAGCGUAGCUGCAGUAGAAGAAGAUGAAUUGGCUGCAGAAAGAGUGAAGUUGGUGAAUCAAAGUGAGAAUUUGCAGAAUGAGUCUGCUGUCUCUAAGUGAUUUGGGUUGUAAGCUAUAUUGUCUAGUUUGUUUUCCUCUUUCUUAUCCUUUGAGCUCUGAAUAAAAUGGAAACAAAUUCUGUUGCUUUCAAGGGACAACUAGUUUAACCCUUUCUGGUAAUGCAGGGAACCAACAUCUCUCUACUUCUAAUGCCUUCACUUUCAUUCC